UGAUGAUAAAAUAUACACUAUUGGUCGUUAAAAGUGAUACACUUAAAUCAGUGUAUGAUAUAUUUAUAUGAUUUCGAAAUAACUCUGCGUUUGAAGUUAUAUAUCCCUAAUUAUCACAAGUGGGACAUUUGACACCGGAUAGCUGGCUUGUCUUAAAUUACUAGUAGUUCAUAAAAAGGUUAUAAGAGGUACAACUAACCGAUCUAUGAAGAAAUGGCUAAAGGCAAAGGUGGAGCUCUUGAUUGCUGCGCGGCAUGCGGAGCUGCAGCAUGCUGUUGUUUCAUUGUGCUCAUAGUUAUUGCUUUAGCGGGUUUGGGCAUAGCAAAGAUUGUCAUGGGAGCAAUUCACUUGGACGACUGCAGUAUUGAAAAACUUAUACCAAUCUGGCUUAUUGUAAGCGGCUGCGCUCCAAUCCUGUUUGGUGGAAUGGGUAAACAGAGUGGUGAGGACGGAGGGGAUACCAACCCAUGCGCAAUAGUCUGUGGAGUAAUUGGAUUCCUUUUCAAUCUAGCAUGGCUUAUCUGUGGAAGUGUUUGGGUGUACCCUAACUACAACACAGUUACGGCGGACGACUAUGUACAAUGUACCGCCAACAUAACAACUGGUUGUACGGAAGGGAAUUGUGACAAAAAUCUUAUAACUUUUGCAUUUGCGAUGGCCACUCUCGACUGGAUAUUCAUGGGUCUUUGGAUCGUUCUUAUCGGGUUUAUAAUUUGCAGAGCCUGCAAAUAAACAAGAGGUCAAUAUGACUAGCUGGUCAGCGGUUUGACAAAAGAGGUCUUUGUGUUGCUGUGUUGUAUUAUCUGUCCUGCUGCAAUAUUGUUUUGUUUUAUUUCAUAAGAUUUAUAUACAUUUAUAUAAUUGAUAUUUAUUUAAACAUUAUAAUUGUUAUCUAUAUCCUAAAGAUCAUGUAACUCAUUUUUAUGGUUUGAUAUCAUAAAUAUGAUGCUCAAAUGAAGACUCAUCAAUAUUGUAAGUUCCAAAAAGCAUUAUUUGUAAACAUAUCAACGAAUUUACAUUUCGUGCAAAUGAAGGGAGGUAAUUAGAAAUUUAUUUUCGAUAAAGUAUAAGCCAAAUUUUUCAAUAAGAAAUGAAUGCAUAUAUUUUAAUGAUUACUUUUAAUGCAUAUAAACAUUUGCAGUACAUAUUUAACAUAUUCUUGGAUGUUUGGAAAUUGUUUUAGAAGAAUAUUAUAUACAUAUAUAAAACUUUACUUCAAGUGUUGGUACAUAAUUAAUUACAACAUACAGGAUCUUUAAAGUAUAUGAAUGAUUCUUUCAGCAUACAUUAUAAUUGUUAAGUGAUAUAUAUAGAUUAUAAUUAUUAUUUAUUUGUUAAAGUAUAUAUAUCAUGACUCUUUCAGCAUGCGUUGUUGUAGCUUUAAACACUAGUGCACAAAAUGUCAAGCUCAUUAAAGGACAUUCAAUAGCUUAGGUGACAAAAUAUAUAAAAUGAAGCGGCUAAUGAAUUCUUGAAAACAGUUGACAUUUUCAGUCUGAUCGUAAAAAAAGGUAUAACAUGCUUAAAAUAGUCAACAUCUAGACUAUUUCGACAAUAAACUCGAUAAACGGCGUAAAUUGUUUUCUCAGUUGCUUAUGUUUUAAAGAAAUAAGAUAAAUCAAUAAAAUCAAAAGAAAAAGCAAAUCACUUGUCACACUUAAAAAGGUGUUAUUGCUUUGAAGCACUCACCAUUGCUUAACAAAGACAGAUUGUUUUUACUUUUAUUUACAUUUGUUGAAACCUUGUUUCUUAGUUUUUUUCUCUAAUUCAUUGACUAUUAUACACAUGUACUGUUCAAGUAGUUGCUUUCCUUUUAUUAGUAUGUUCAGUAUUUUUUCGAAAUAUUCAAAUUCAUGAAAAGCCUUUGACCAACAACGUACUGUAUACAACGUACAUACAUGUACACCAUCGAAUUUGUUUUUAUCUGUGAUAUACAAUAGAAGAAAAAAAUAAUUCCCGGAUGUUGUAAAUGUCUGUUCUGUUUCUAUUCUGUUAACACUUAUUAUGGUAAUUGUUCUCAUCCAUAAUUUACGCCUACGAAAACAGAACAAAGUUCGCCGCAAAAUGAUUGUGAGUACUACACGCAAUUAUAUUUAAGUCUCGUGACGUGAUAAAACAUUUAGCAUGUGAUACAAGUGCUAUAAUUGACAAUUAAGUAUUUAGAUAUUUUUAAGGCUUGUUUCUUAUUUUAUAUUGUUUAAAGUAGGAAAAUAUCACACGUUUUCUUUAUAUAAUUUAUAUUUAUGUGAUUUACCAAUGUAUUAUCCUAAUAAAGAUCAUAUGAUA